CGGGUUGCCCUGAUGAGACAAGUGCCCGGGUCAUUCAUCAGCAGCUGAUUGAACCAAGCUCACAGUUUUCCCUCGUCCGACCGAUAUUUUAAUACGUAUUUCAAUUUCAAUUAGUUAAUCAUCAAUUAUUUCACUAUCGGAGCAUGUAACAAGGUAAUAGAUUGACAUGCAAUAAUAAACGUAUCGAAAUACGAAGAUAUACACAAUGAAGCGGUCGUCCCUGGAUCAAAGUGCCAUCCCUGGUACCUCCGACGCAGAGGGCGAAACUGGGGUCAGACCUCAAAAGAGAAGAUCUUCGGAAAACAAGGUAUGGGAGAAAUUUUUUGAAGAAAAACAAAAAGAUUUUGCCAUCUUUGAUAAGACAGCUUCUACCUCAAAAAUACCACCCUCAAAACCACGACCUUCAAAAACACCACCUUCAAAAACACCACCCUCAAAACCACGACCUUCAAAAACACCACCCUCAAAAACACCACCCCCAAAAACACCAACCUCAAAACCACCAGCCCUAAAAACACCCCCUAGAAAAGAGCCCUCAGAUGAUGAGGAGUAUGAAAUUGAGGAAUACGACUCCCCCACGAAAUCGUUAAGUAAUUCUGAUACAAAUCAAAAUACUGACAUUGACGGAACGAAGAAAAAAAAGUACUCUUUGGUUGAAGAAAUGAAAGCACUUCUUACCCCGUACGACAACUCCGUCCGAAGAUUUCCACAAUAUAUUUAUGGCGACACUUUCGAGUAUGACGAAUCUCAAGCUGUUACACUUAUCAUAAGGCACGUUUGUGGAACUUGGGACAAACUAGUUUGGACAAUCUGUCGCCUCGUGGAGCGUGAUAUAGAUCGUUGCGUUAUGUUUCGACCGUUGUAUUUAUACGACAUAAAGUUAGGCGGUGUACUCAAGUUGUAUCCCCCAUGGCAAGAAUUAGAAAUGCCUGAAUUUCCCAUGCCGAUUCUGAUGUGUACAGAUUUCUAUAGGCUUCCCCUCAAGAGAGAAAAGAAUUUUGGAGUAUCGCAUGACACGAUAAGCGCCUUACUAACGCCCCCAAACCCCUUCAGGGGAAGUUACAUCAAAGCAACGUCGCCAGAAUGUGGCCUUAAUUUCUUGCUGUCUAAAUGCACCCCAUUCCACCUGAGUAAUCAAAACACAAUCAGCAUCCAGACUAAAGCCUUUAAACCAUCGAUCGAUCUAAAUACCGUAAUGUACCCAGUAUCAUGCCGAGGGUGGCCGAAAUUAAGCCAAAGUAGCGUACUAAUUUGCGAUUCUGAUCAUGUAUUUGCCCAUUUACAACUUUCUGAACUUGAGAGUGGAAAGAGGGAACGAAUCUACAAAGCGAUAAACCCCGGAAAGUAUAUCAAAUUUAGGAAACUUGGAGUUGUCUCAAAAACGAGUAUUCUAGAAGAUUUCUCCUGGUUUAAAAUUUUUCAAGGGUUGGGAUCCAAUCAAAAAGUGUUUUAUACGCUGUGCUUUAGACAUGACACCGAAUGGAAGGAAGAAGCAAAUUUGGAUUUUCCAUAUCGGCCUCCACUCGGUUGGGCAGUGAAACCUUGGAAUGAUGGCAUCUAAGUUACGCCGCAGCAAUGAGAAGUGCAAAAGGUGCUACGCAAGAUCACAUGUUCUAAAAUAUAUUUAUCAAAAAUUUAAAUUUCUAAUGAUAAAAAUUGUUAAAGCCAUGUUUUAUAUAUUUGUCAAAAAUUGUUCAAUUUUUUGAUUUUUCUCGAUUACUUUACUUAACUUAACUACUUAUGUAUGUUCAUAAUUACACAAGGUGCUCAACUAUUUUUCAUGCAUUGAAUCAAAUUCUUCAUUGUUAUUUAAUUUUUUACAUAAAUCGAACGUAUGUAAAUAGUUAAUUGAAACUGUCACUAAAUGUAUUUUAGUAAUGAUGAAUUUAAUAAAUUUAUAUACGUAGAACUA